CUAAAGAUAGGAAAAGCGACACCAUAAAAAUGAAGUGAUUACACCUCCAUACCGUCGGGCGUAGCGUCCCGAGGGUGUCGGAUUUUCUGAAAAAAGCUCAACUUUUGCCAAAAAUUCAUCUUUUUCGAAGCAAAAAAAGAGGUGUAAUCACCUUGCGUUUUGUAGCUAUCAAUUAGCCCUAUGAUUCAUUUGACUCCUCCCGCUUCGAAUCUGCUUGAAUCACCCCUGCAAAAAGCCGCGAUUUUUGGCAUCAAAUUGAUGCCCGAAACACGUCUUUUUCGCGUCAAAUCACCCUAGCAGAUAUCAAGUGGGUUUGGCUUUUUUUCGUCUGAAACAGGCUGCUCAUCUCAAGUGAUUACACCUCCACUGUUCCACUUCUGCCAC